UAGUAACAUAAAAAGUGUAGUAACAUAAAAAGAGGAAAAGAAAAGGGUUCGAAACCUUUUGGAGAAGAGAGCAAUUGAAAUAAAUAAACGAAAAGCCAAUAAGAAAUAGAAAGAGAAAGAGAAAAAAGAGAAUCACAUUACACAAUACUAGUUUACAAAAACAACAAUCUCUGGGUUGUGGUGGGGAACAAACAUUUGCAGGAACCAAAACAGCAAACGCUCCUCUAACCACAACAAGUAGCUAGUAGUAGCAACUAAGUAUUACAAAACAAAUAUAAUAUCUUCUCCUUCUUCUUCUUCAUAACCUAAACACCAAUGGCAACAACAACAACAACAACGGCUAUAUUUCUAACCUUCAUUGCAGCAACACUAACAACACACAUAACCACCACAACACAUGCAACAGACACCACCAACACAACACACUCCGAAAUCGAAUCUCUAACAAAGUUCAAAGAAAACCUUCAAGACCCACUCAACUCACUAACAACAUGGAAUCCAUCAUCACCAUCAGCACCAUGUGACUGGCACGGCAUUCUCUGUUACAAUAACAGAGUUCACCAAAUUCUCUUACCACGUCUUCAACUCACCGGUCCUCUCUCUCCUUCUCUCUCCAAUCUCUCUCAACUUCGCAAACUCAGUCUCCAUUCCAACAACUUCAACUCCUCCAUCCCUUCCUCUCUCUCUCACUGUCUCUUCCUUCGCGCCGUUUAUCUUCACAACAACACAUUCUCCGGUAACCUCCCUUUUUCACUUCUCAACCUAACAAACCUUCAGAUUCUCAAUGUAGCUCGUAACUUUCUCUCCGGUUCUCUCCCUAACAAUCUCUCUAACUCCCUACGCUUCCUUGACUUGUCGUUCAACUCAUUCUCCGGCGACAUUCCGGGAAACUUUUCCUCCAAAUCUCAACUUCAACUUAUUAACCUCUCACACAACGAUUUCACCGGCGCAAUACCGGUCAAAAUCGGAGCUUUACAAUAUUUGGAAUAUUUAUGGUUGGACAAUAAUCGACUUAGCGGAACUUUACCUUCUGCGAUUGUAAACUGUUCCUCUAUGGUACACCUUAGUGUAGAGGAUAAUUUCAUUGGUGGGUUGGUACCUUCCACUAUAGGGAUGAUGCCAAAGCUUCAAGUGCUUUCACUUUCAAUGAAUCAAAUUUCUGGUUUUGUACCCACUUCACUGUUAUGCAAUGAAGAUGUCAACAAUAAAAACAAGACUAAUCUUAGAAUUGUUCAACUUGGGUUUAAUAAACUCACGGGUGUUUCAGAACCGCGAAAUGGGAAAUGUGUUAAUUCUUUUUUGGAGUUUUUGGACAUUAAAGAGAAUCACAUUAUUCAUAAUUUGUUUCCUUCUUGGUUGACCAAUGUGAUUUCUUUGAAAAGUCUUGAUCUUUCUGGAAACUCUUUUUCAGGUUCACUGCCUCAAGAUAUUGGAAAUCUUUUAUUUUUAGAAGAAUUGAGAGUUCCUGAUAAUUCAUUAUCUGGUGGAGUUCCAAGUAGCAUUGUGAAAUGUAGUUUGUUGAAGGUUCUUGAUCUUCAACGGAAUCGAUUCUCGGGUGCCAUUCCUUUGUUUCUUGCUGAGUUGAAAAGUUUGAAGGAGUUAUCUCUUGGUGGUAACUUUUUUACUGGUUUGAUUCCAAAGAGUUAUGGAAUGUUGUCUGAGUUAGAGAUUUUGGAUUUAAGUAAUAAUAAACUGAUGGGGAUUUUGCCUUUGGAGAUUAUGCAGUUGGGUAACAUGAGUGUUUUGAAUCUAAGCAAUAAUAGAUUCUCGGGUCAAAUUCCGUUUCGUAUUAGAGACUUGAAAGCUUUGCAGGUUCUUAAUUUGAGUCAAUGUGGUUUUUCUGGUAGUGUUCCAGCUACAAUAGGGAAUUUGAUGAAACUGAGAGUGUUGGAUUUAAGCAAGCAAAAACUUUCAGGUGAGUUACCUAUUGAGCUUUUUGGAUUACCAAGUUUGGAAGUUGUGGCACUUGAGGAAAAUCUUUUGAGUGGUUAUGUUCCUGAGGGUUUUAGCAGCAUUGUUAGUUUAUGGUAUCUUAAUCUUAGUUCUAAUGCUUUUGUUGGUAACAUUCCAACAACUUACGGUUUUCUAAGUUCCUUAGUUGUUCUUUCUUUGUCUCGCAAUUUCAUUUCUGGUUCAAUACCUAAUGAGAUUGGCGGUUGUUCUCAACUUGAAGUGCUUCAGCUUCAAGCGAAUCGUUUAAUAGGUAACAUUGUUCCAAGUGUCGUGUCUCGUCUUUUGAGUUUAAAGGAGCUUAAUUUAGGACAAAAUGGAUUGAAAGGUGAUAUCCCCGAUGAGAUUUCAAAGUGUUCUUCUUUGAAUUCACUUUAUUUGGAUGGUAAUCGCUUAACUGGUCACAUACCACAAUCCUUGUCAAAACUAUCAAAUUUGAAGUCUUUGAAUCUCUCUUCAAAUCAAUUGACAGGAGAAAUUCCAGUCGAACUUUCGUCCAUUUCGGGUUUGAAGUAUUUAAAUGUGUCCAACAACAACCUCGAAGGCGAAAUUCCAAAAUUGCUGAGUACUAGAUUCAAUGACCCUUCUGUGUUUACAAUGAACAAGAGGUUAUGUGGGAAACCAUUGCAUAAAGAAUGUGCGAAAUUGAAAAGACGAAAGAGAAAAAGACUAAUAAUCAUCAUAGGCUUGGCAACUGCAGGACUAUUUCUUUUAUCAUUAUGUUGUUGUGGCUAUGUUUACAGUCUCUUAAGGUGGCGAAAAAAGCUUCGACAAGGUGUAACAAAUGAGAAGAAACGAAGUCCAACAAGUGCAGGCUCAAACGGAGAAAGAAACAGUAGAGGAAGCGGUGAAAAUGGUGGACCAAAACUCAUAGUAUUCAACAACAAAAUCACUUAUGCAGAAACAUUAGAAGCGACAAGAAACUUCGAUGAAGAAAACGUUUUAAGCCGAGGAAAAUUUGGACUUGUUUUUAAAGCUUCAUACCAAGAUGGAAUGGUUUUAUCGAUUCGUAGACUUCCUAAUGGAUCAUCAUUCAUGGAAGAAAACACGUUUCGCAAAGAAGCGGAAUCAUUAGGAAAAGUGAAACAUAGAAACUUAACAGUUUUACGAGGCUAUUAUGCAGGUCCACCACCUGAUGUAAGAUUAUUAGUUUAUGAUUACAUGCCAAAUGGAAACUUGGGAACAUUGCUACAAGAAGCUUCACAACAAGAUGGUCAUGUUUUGAAUUGGCCAAUGCGUCAUCUCAUUGCAUUAGGAAUCGCUCGUGGUUUGAGUUUUCUACAUUCUGUUUCCAUUGUUCAUGGUGAUGUGAAGCCACAAAAUGUUCUUUUUGAUGCUGAUUUUGAAGCCCAUUUAUCUGAAUUUGGGCUGGACCGAUUAACAAUGGUAAGCCCAAUAGAAUUACAGGAGUCGUCGUCUGUAUCACAGACAACGACUCCUGUUGGUUCGUUGGGCUACGUGGCACCCGAAGCUUUGUUAACAGGACAAGUAACAAAGGAAGGUGAUGUAUACAGUUUUGGGAUAGUGUUGUUGGAGAUUUUAACAGGAAGAAAAGCAGUGAUGUUUAGAGAAGAUGAAGAUAUAGUGAAAUGGGUGAAGAAACAGUUACAAAGAGGUUUGAUUUCGGAGUUGUUGGAACCUGGUUUGCUUGAGAUUGAUCAAGAAUCAUCUGAAUGGGAAGAGUUUUUGUUAGGUGUUAAAGUUGCACUUCUUUGUACUGGACAUGAUCCACUUGAUAGGCCUUCUAUUAAUGAUGUUGUUUUCAUGCUUGAAGGUUGUCGUGUUGGAACUGAUAUCCCUUCAUCUGCUGAUCCUACCACAUUGCCUUCCCCUGCUUCUUGAUUUGUUCAAUUUUUCUUCAUCCUCAUUAUUGUUCACUUUUCAUUCUUAUGUAAUGUAAAAAUUUGUUGUGUGAUUACUUCCGAAUUGAAUUAAAUUAAGUUGUCGAAUUUAUAUUUUGGUUUGCUACCUUGGACAUCUUCAUAUUCAACAUUGUUAUUUGGUAUGGUCGAUAA